AUGUCUUCUGACCUCAUUAAGCUUCAGAAAAAAGUGAUUCUGGAUACGGUGAAGCACACCUUCCCAGAGGGACAAUGGAGAUACGUUAUUGCCGACACUGAGGCCCUAACUCUCAUCGAUAGCGUCGUAACGAGAGAUGAGAUCAUUAGUCAAAAUGUUGCUGGCAAGUUGGAUUUUCCACAGGGUGUGGAGGAACUUGAAAGCCGACGAAGCGCCCAUCCCGACAUGGAAGCUGUCUAUUUCUUAACACCGAAACCCCAUAUCCUCGAGUGCCUCCUCUCGGAGUUCAAACGACAGAGACCAAGGCACAUGGGAGGACAUUUGGUGUGGACGUCAAGUCCUUCUGACUCCAUGAGAAGCCGUCUCGCUCGACAAGCACAGAAUAGCCGGAACUGGGUUCUCAGCGAGAGAAUCUUGCCAAUCAACUUCCACCCAACGGAAAGUCACGUUUUCACAUUCAAGGAUCCUAAGUCGUUCCACCCUUUGUACAAUCCAAAAUGUGACGCCUUGGCGCAAAGGGAGUUCUCUGAAACGGCAAAAAAGAUUCUCGGGAUUUGUGUCGCCCUUGAUGAGUUCCCAGUUGUCCGAUACUUUAUGAGUCCUCACUUUAGCCAUCGAGCUAGCAAAUUACCCCAAAUGAUUGCGAUGGAAGUCCAGAAGGAAUUGAUCCGCUACCAACAGUAUAUGGAGGCUUCCAACCAGCAAUGGCCCCCUCAGGACGACAAAAUGCGGCCCCGGGGUGUGCUAUUCAUCGUGGACAGGAGUAUGGACCCGGUAGCUCCCCUACUGCAUGAAUUCACAUACCAAGCCAUGGCCCACGACUUGCUUCCAAUCCAAGAAGAAGAUGGAAAAGUUACAUAUACCCCACAAUCUUCAGAUCCACGACCUAUGGUUCUCAACGACGACGAUACAGUAUGGACUAAGGUUAGGCAUAAACACAUGACGGAGACUAUUCAAACUGUUAUGGCGGAUUUGGACAAGUUUAUCAAGGACCACCCGGAGUUUCAGAGCGCUGAAAACGCGAACACCGUCUUUGCCCUAAAGACCAUGUUAGCGGCGUUGCCCCAGUUCUCUGCUACAAAAGAUGCGUACGAACUGCAUUUAACAAUGGCACAGGAGUGUAUGAACAUCUUUAAAGAGAGGGGCCUGCCAGAUAUCGCGGACCUGGAACAGACUCUGGCAACCGGGCUCGAUUCCGGGAACGAAAAACCUAGAGACGUUACAGACCAACUAGUUCAGCUACUGGACAGCCCAAUUACACAGAACGGAAAUGACCGCCUACGGUUGAUUAUGUUAUACCUUAUUUGGAGAGACGGGCUUCUAGGCCCUGAUGUCGAAAAACUGUUCCGUCACGGAAAAGUCAGUGGACCCGUAAAGGCGGCCCUUUACAACCUUGACUUAAUCGGUGUUCGUGUCCUGCGACGACUCAAGGAAACCAACAGACCGGGUUACAAACACCCACCAGUCAGGCCCCAACCAAUUCCAGAAGGAAUGGAGCUUUCACGUUUCGUUCCUGCGGUCAAAACAAUGCUUGAAGAUCAGCUGAGAGGAACACUAGAUAUGGAAUCUUAUCCUUUUACGGAUCCCGAUGCUGCGGCUGAAGCAGCCCAGCUAGCCGGGCCACAGACUUCCCUUCGGACAUCUAAGCCUACAUGGACGAAACAGAGAUCUGGCAGUGUAGAAGUGAAGCAACGAAUGAUUGUUUUUGUUGCCGGAGGCGCUACAUAUUCGGAAGCCAGGUCCUGCUACGAAAUCUCUCAACAGUACCAGAGAGAUGUAUAUCUCGGAAGCUCGCACAUGGUCUCUCCUGAUUCGUGGUUAGAGCAACUAGCAUUCGGAAGAGAGGAUAGGAUGACAUUGAUGCUAGACGCAGACCAGCCACCACGCAAACCACCACCGCAUUUAUUCGAGCCUGAUCCGGAUCCGAAGCGCCCGCCACCAAAGCCGCAGAGUACUGGCGGCAGUAGUGGAAAUGUUCCACAGGCGCAGGGCCGCCCUGGGGCCCAUCCACCCCCCCAGCAGCCUGGCCGACAUAGAUAG